AUGCCACUAUGUGUUGCGUUGGAAACUGGUGCCGGUGUCACUCCCAAUCCUACCAUGUGCAUAGACUCUUCAGUUCCCGUGGCGAUAUAUGCCUGGCUAUACACCUUUCAUUUUCAGUCAUUUUUUUCAUGGCGAAACAGGUGGAUAUCUGGCAUGAAUGAAAACACAAGCAUUGUGGAUGAACGUAUUUAUUUUUUGGAAAUAUUACUUCAUGUCCUCAUGUGUACACAUUUAGUAUGGCCUAUUCGUCACAUGUUUGGUCUUCAAAAAAAAGAUGUUUUGUUUUGCUUUAAAUUCCCCUCUUUUUUUACAUCAUUUCUAUGCAUGGUUGUGAUAGGUGCGUUCAUCCUUAUCUAUGUGUCGCUUGUUGCCAUGAACAAGGUCUAUGUAGAGACGUUCCGAGUUGUGUGGGUGCUUCUGUGGGGAUUUCCCGCCUUUAUGCUUGUUAGCACGCUGGGAUCUGAAGAUGCCAUCGUUACACAUUUUGCCUCUACAUUUGCCUCGGCUACAUAG